CAUUGUGAUAAUCAUUAUUGGUGAUCUGCAGAACCAUUAAUACCUAACCUUUAAGAAUCAUCAUCUUCAUGGAGGAGGAUGCUGGAGAGUUUAUAGUCAUCGGUGUCGACAAUUGUCGUUCGGUGCCCCUGGGCUCUGAUAUAUUGCAGAAUCUAUGCGACGCUAUUGAAACCUAUUGCAGAGCCAAAUUUGAGGAAAAUCCAAAAACUCUUGUGGGCUUGUACAAAAUGAGUUCCACUGAUUCUGAACAUUUCCUUCAUCCCACCGGAUCUAUUGACAAAAUAAUUGCUAAGUUCCCAUAUAUAAAUCCCGGCAGUGGUUACGUGGACCUUGAAGGCAUGUUCUCAUCUGGCUUUAUGCCCUUGAGUCGACACUCUAUGUUCUUCAGUCAAAAUAAAAUUAGGCAAAAGAGGGCGGUUAUUUUCACUGGAGGGCUUACAUAUCUGUCUAUGCAUUGUGUGAAGCAAGCUGCAACGCGAUUCAGAGCCAGGGGUGUAGCUAUUGAUGUUAUCGACUUCUAUUCAGGUGUAACACCCCGAUAUCUUUAUCCUGACUCCCCGUAUCCAAAAACGGAGCUUGAGGCCUAAGUUGACUGGUGCAAUGGUAAUGACAAUCGCAACAGCCACAUUGUAAAAGCUGGAUUGGGUUCUAUUCCUGAUGCCGUGUCCAGUUUAUUUGAACUGAAGUCCAAGGAACAGAAUGUUACUGUUAAAAGGAAAGGUGGAGUAGAAGAAUCAAGUGCUGCUUGGGGAAGUAAAAGGAGAGCCGUGGAGGCCUGAUGCAUGCAUGCUGGCUAUUUGUCACCCUUUCAUGAAAAGUGUUUUGUAUUUUGUUAAUGACAAGUUUUGUACUUUUUCAUGAAAAAAUGCAAAGGUUAUGAAAAAGUUUGUACUUUUUCAUGAAAAACCCAUCCAUCUGCUUCGAGUGCUUUCUACGUUAUAAGUUUUCAUUGUCCAUCUUGGUAUUAUGUAGUAAUCAGGAAUAGAGGUUAUGAGUUUUCUCUUCAUUAUAUAAAGUAUAUGCUUGCAAAAAA